CUCUUCGUACAAACGUCUCACAUCUGCAGCCCUGCUAGCUGAAACUUCCCAGACAUAACACUGGCACAAACAUCUUCCUGUUGCGAAGACACGCCAUUCCAAGAUGCUUUCUGCCGUCCGGACCUCUGAGGAUACGACAUUGACUGAUGGAAAUUCAUUCAGUCCUGUGGUUUUAGCGUCUCCGUCAUCCGUGAUAAGCCAGUAUAAGUUUGAGGAAGAGCCAGAAAUCAAGGAUAUUUUCAUUACAGUCGAUGACCCAGAAAGCCACAUCACAGCAAUUGAAACCUUCAUUACAUACAGGAUUGCAACAAAAACAACUCGCAGUGAAUUUGAUUCAAGUGAAUUUGAAGUACGGAGACGAUAUCAGGAUUUCUUAUGGCUAAAAAGCAGACUUGAAGAUGCGCAUCCUACAUUGAUAAUCCCUCCAUUACCAGAAAAGUUCAGUGUUAAAGGAAUGGUGGAAAGAUUUAACGAUGACUUCAUUGAAACACGCAGAAAAGCUUUGCAUAAAUUUCUGAACAGGAUUGCUGAUCAUCCAACAUUAACAUUUAAUGAUGACUUCAAGAUUUUCCUUACUGCUCAAGCAUGGGAAUUAGCGUCGUGCAAAAAACAGGGUCCUGGGCUUUUCAGCAGAAUGGGGCAGAUCAUCAAUGCUGUGGCUUCUUCUGUGAGGGGAGUUAAAAAUCGCCCUGAUGAGUUUACGGAAUUAGUGGAAUACGUUGAUGUUUUUAGCCAAAAACUAAACUUAUUAGAUAAAAUAACCCAAAGAAUUUACAAAGAAGAGAAAGAUUAUUAUGAAUCAAUGAAGGAGUAUGGUCCUAUCUACACUUUGUGGUCUGCAUCUGAAGAAGAGCUUGUAGACCCCUUGAAAGGGGUGGCUGGAUGUAUUGAUAGGUGCUGCAAGGCCACUGACACUCUGAAUUCUAAACUCUCAGGAGACCUCAUACCAAUUAUACAUGAAUAUGUGCUAUACAGUGAAACCCUUUCUGGGGUACUGAAACGUAGAGAUCAAAUUCAGGCAGAACUUGAUACCAAAGUGGAAGCUUUGAACAACAAAAAGGUGGACAGAGAGGCUCUUAAGGAAGAGAUUGAGAAGCUAGAAGAUAAGGUUGAAUGUGCAAAUAAUGCUUUAAAGGCUGACUGGGACAGAUGGAAAGAAAAUACGCAGCUUGACCUGAAGGGGGCAUUUAUCAAUAUGGCGGACAGCAGGAUAAGCCACUAUGAAGAGUGCCUUUCUACCUGGGAGGCCUUCCUAUCAUCCCACAUGUGUGACCUGCAGCUGGAUCCAAAGCAAGAUGAUUAAUAAUAAAAACCUCCAACUUUGGGCUUUAAGGGUUCAUUAAUUUACUAAGAAACCAAAGAAAUGUCCCUUCAUACAAAAAUUACUGUAAAAUGAAUGUGUAAUGUAUAUAUUGUAAAAUAAUUGUGGCUGCAACUGGAAAAAAAAUCACGCCAAAGCCAUUAGCAGUUUUAGUUCGUGCAGGUCUUCCAACCAUAUGGAAUGUCCUGUACAUCAUUGAACCUUAUUUUUUAAUAAAAAAUUCAAUAAUAUUCUUAUGCAUGCAGGAUAUUUGGAUACAGCUUUGUAUACUGUGUUUUUUUAUCUUAAAUAUUAUGUGAGACAAAAACAUGAAUUAAAAUGUUAACUAUGUUUUGAUGGUUAGCACUUGAUUUACUUGUAGAAGUCCAAAAUAUUCUUAAAAAAGAAAACUAAAAACAAAAUGCUGAGUUAAAAUAUUUUUAUUGUAAUGAUAAAAUAUGGACAGGAGAUCCUGUGUGGCUGUGAUGGACAACAGAGUUGCAGCGCUUUUAGGCCAUAAAGUGUCAAGUCAACAUUUGGUUUUCCAAGUGUAAUGUACUAUAGUUUACAUGAUACAUACCUAGUUCCUGAAGAUGACUGUAAAUAACGUGGGGAUAUGAGUGUGUACAAGUGGUGCAGAUUUUUUUUUAUUUCACCCCUUUAUGUAAAUUAAUUAAUUAGACUGAAACAUAUCUCACCAAUACUGACAUGUCACCUACUUAGAAAAUGUUUUCACCUUCAAUGGUAUAAAACAUGGUAAUUAUAUUAUUCUGUUCCACGUAAUUUAUUCUUUGUGAACAGGUUACCUGCUGCCUAAACACAAAUGUGCAAGACAGUAAAUCACAGGUAUCAGUUAAAGCACUCAAAUGAGCUCUGGCUGUCCAAUCUACUACUGACAUAUUAUCAGAUGUGGCAUUUAAAUGUCAUCUCUCCCAGAA